GUUUUCUCCUGGGGCUCGAGUGAAGUUUCCGUUCAAAUGGUCAGAUGCGUCCACUUAGAUGCCGAGAAGGCCACUUGGGGUUUUGUUCCCUGACCCGCAUCACGGCGGACUGCGGGGUGCAUAGCGUACACUUCGGCACAACUUUCUCAGGGACUGAUGCCAUGGUUCCCCUCGGGCUUUCGGCCGGGCUUCCCACGUUGUGACUUUGUCCACGGCAGGUCUGCGGGCUGGCCCCAGGCGUUGAGAUUUGGUCUUCUUCCCCUCGCCGCCGUCCUCCUCCCGCGCUCGCCCCGGCAGCCAGCUCGCACGAGGGUGGCAGGUGUCAGUUGUGGAAGGCGGGGCGGCCGGCCCCCGCCGCCCCCCCCCCCCCGCACCCUGAGGUCUUGUUAGCCCCUCAGAGCGUCGUGCGUGUUCAGACCCUUUGGACGGUAGAAACGACAAAAGAAAAUACUUAGUACGUGUUCAGAUUCCAAGUGCUUUAGAACAUUUCAGGGUCCUGUCAGUGUCUUCGAGAAAAAUACGACCUUUGAUGCAGCGCCUGUGAUGUGGUCUAAACACAGGAAAGGGUUAGCUGAACCAUCCUUUGUUGCAAAACAUGAAGAUAGUUUGUUAAAGGAUUUAUUUCAAGACUACGAAAGAUGGGUUCGUCCUGUGGAACACCUGAAUGACAAAAUAAAAAUAAAGUUUGGCCUGGCAAUAUCUCAAUUAGUGGAUGUGGAUGAGAAAAAUCAGUUAAUGACAACGAAUGUCUGGUUGAAACAGGAGUGGAUAGAUGUAAAGUUAAGCUGGCGCCCUGGCGACUAUGGCGGAAUAAAAGUUAUACGCGUCCCUUCAGACUCUCUCUGGACCCCAGACAUUGUUUUGUUUGAUAAUGCAGAUGGACGUUUUGAAGGGGCCAGCACGAAAGCAGUCAUCAGGUAUGAUGGCACUGUCACCUGGACUCCACCGGCAAACUACAAAAGUUCUUGCACAAUAGAUGUCACGUUUUUCCCAUUCGAUCUCCAAAACUGCUCCAUGAAAUUUGGUUCUUGGACUUACGAUGGAUCACAGGUUGAUAUAAUUUUAGAGGACCAAGACGUGGACAAGAGAGAUUUUUUUGACAAUGGAGAAUGGGAGAUUGUGAGUGCAACGGGAAGCAAAGGAAACAGAACGGAUGGCUCCUGCUGGUACCCUUAUGUCACCUACUCAUUUGUAAUUAAGCGUCUGCCUCUCUUUUACACCUUGUUCCUUAUUAUACCCUGUAUCGGGCUCUCGUUUUUAACCGUGCUUGUCUUCUAUCUCCCCUCAAACGAAGGUGAGAAGCUCAGUCUCUGCACGUCAGUCCUGGUCUCUCUGACUGUCUUCCUUCUGGUUAUUGAAGAGAUCAUACCCUCGUCUUCCAAAGUAAUACCUCUGAUUGGAGAGUAUCUGGUGUUCACCAUGAUUUUUGUGACGCUGUCAAUCAUGGUGACCGUCUUCGCUAUCAAUAUCCAUCAUCGUUCUUCCUCAACACACGAUGCAAUGGCACCUUGGGUCCGCAAGGUAUUUCUCCACAAGCUUCCCAAACUGCUGUGCAUGAGGAGUCACGUAGACAGGUACUUCGCUCAUAAAGAGGAAACUGAGGGCGGUGGUAGACCAGAGUCUUCUAGAAACACAUUGGAAGCUGCGCUUGAUUCCAUCCGCUACAUUACAAGACACGUCAUGAAGGAGAAUGACGUCCGUGAGGUGGUUGAAGAUUGGAAAUUCAUAGCACAGGUGCUUGAUCGGAUGUUUCUGUGGACUUUUCUUCUGGUUUCAAUUGUUGGAUCUCUUGGGCUUUUCGUUCCUGUUAUUUAUAAGUGGGCAAAUAUAAUAGUACCGGUUCAUAUUGGAGAUGCAAAUAAGUGAUCCUUCCGUAGUGGUGUCAUCGUAGGAAUUUAGUUACCAAAGGCACCUAUGCCUCUGGCACCCUUAAAAUUAGAAAAUGUAAAUUGUGUUUAAAAUUUGAAGCAAGCUUUGUCAGAUUAACAGUUGCUAACUUUGGUUUAUCUUAAUAGACUGCCCUGAGAACAUUUUACCUGCAUGACUGAAGUGAUAGCUGACUCAGCAUUUGAGCUAAAAAUAGCAGCAAAAUGUUAUCUGAACUGUACUAGUGAAAACCUAAUGUUGGUGUCCUGGCAAACAGUACCAAUUCGUAAUCAACGUGAAGCUCAUCUUUUGAUUGUAUUGGAAAGUUCCUGUUGUAUUUGAAGACUGAUUUCAGGACUUUUUCUGCAUUUGGUAAAGGUACACAUUUUAAAUUUCUUUCUUUCUGUCCUGUAUCCACGGAGUAACAGCUAAUCUCUAGCAUAAUAUUAUACUGCUAUGUUAAAUAAGCUAACUCCUUGGUAUGAUAACAAUUUAAUGUGAUGCUGCUUUUCUAUAACCAACAUUGUAAAAAAUGAAAAAUGGGAAUUCCUUUAAAGCUUACUUUAUUUCUUAGAUGCUUAAACUGAACAAUUAUUGUAUUAACUGUUUUUGUAGCUUACCUUCAAUUGUAAAAUCACACAAUAGGUAACUUGUGGACAUGCACUAGUAUCUUCUUAACAUUAAUUUCAACCCCCUUAUCCACAUUUUCCACAAUUAACCAUCUUCUAUAUAAACCGUAGCAUUUCUGUACCCUUCAUCUUAGAAGGCGUCCUCUACAAUUAAGUGAAUCCCAUUUUAAAAACACGUCCAUGGAUGCCACCAAAUCAUACUGUGAAAAACCAUCUUCCAAGAUUAAAGAUGGUUUCUAAUUAGGUGGAAGCUCAUUGUCACAUGGCUGUCACGUAUAGUUUCAUCUCCUUCUUUCCAGCAGUCACAGUACUGGAGCCAUAGAGUUGCAGGGCCUCUAGGUGUGGUGCAGUCUCACCGAUUACUGCUCAUUCAGGACCGUAGUGGCACGCGUCACAGGUAAACAAGUGAGAUUCCAUCUCUGAAUGCCCUGAUUCAGCUACGAUCAGGAAUAAAACACUGUUGAAGCUCUGCAUUUUAUCUGGAACUCUUAGCCCUUGAGAGAACAAAUGCCUUAUUUAUAGUAAGUAACCCAUCUAAGGUCAGGUCGACACUCUUUGGAAGGCAGAGGGGAUCCUGUCUCAUUUGUAUUUUAUUGUAGGUACAUGUUUAAUGUCAUUUAAUGAGUGAAAGUCUGGUCUGAUGAGUUUAAAUGCCUGUUAGAUCUCUUAGCACGUAUAUAUCCCUGAUUCUUCUUCUACCUCUGUUACUGUUACGUAAAAUUUCUAUAGGUGAGUAAAUUUUGUAGAAAUCUUCCUUUGACUUACCAAAACAUGAGUCACAGUUGGCUGUGAUUUUGUCAGUUUUAUUUUCGUAAAGCCAAAACAUCAAAAUGACUAGUGAGAAGAUUAAAAUGGUCUCUGCAAACCCUCAUCUCCUACCUAUUCAGAUUCAGGACUGCAGUACUCCAUACUGGAAUACUGUCUUCUUAAUAAUCUGUCUACAGCAGUGGUUCUCAAUCGGGCACAGUUUUGUGCUUGAGGGACCACUUAAUUUUUGGAGACAUUUUUGGUUGUUAUAACUGGCAAGGGACCCGGGGGUAUGUUCUUGGCAUCUAGUGGGUAGAGGCCAGAUGGAGGCUAAAAAUCCUACAAUGUCUCUCCAGCACAGAGUUAUCUGGCCACAAAUGCCAAUAGUGCCAAGGUUGAGAAAUGCUGCUCCAACGGUUUACUAGCAAUGGAUAUGUGACUGGGCAUACCUUUUCAUAGCAUAGUUCCUUAGGAUGAUGUGAGAUAAAGGCUGAGGCGUUCUGUGAAGGAGGCACGGCCCUCAGACUCUUGGAAAUCAACGAUGAACAAGGAGUGGGACAAGGAGUGAACAUGGGAGGAAAUGGUAGUAGGUAGGGCAUUGCUGAAAUGGUACAAAACUUCAAGGAGAUCACAGGCCAAGUAAGAAAACCCUUGGGAAAUCUGUUGUGAUACUGAACCAGAUGGAUUUCCACAUUUGUGAGCAGCAAGUUUUCCUGUCCAAUUAUGCCUCAACCAGCACAAAGGGGAAACCGUUUUCAUAUUUAGCCCAUAUUUACAUAUUCUUUAGUAGAGUAUAUUACUUCACACUGCAGAACUAUAUUUUGAUGUUUCUCUACCUUACCAAAAAGGCUGGUUAAAUGUUCAGUUAUCUAUAAUAAAUACCCUUGACUUUU